AUGGCAUUGAGGAGUGCAUCAUGGAGGAGAGCAGCUUCCUCAUACAGGUCUUGUGGGACAAAAAUGGAGGAGAAGAACCCUCAAACUCAUUUUCACAUGAGGAAUCUGUGGAUGACCAUGUUGAACCUUUUCACCGCAAGCACAGAGACAGUCAGCACAACCAUGUACUUCAGCUUCCUGCUGCUCACGAAGCACCCUGGCAUUGCAGCCAAGGUGUAUGAGGAGAUGGACCAGGUGAUUGGCAGGAACCUACAGCCCAAGUAUGAGGAUAGAAUAAAGAUGCCUUACACUGAAGUUGUGAUCCAUGAGAUCCAGAGAUAUGGAGACAUAAUUCCUCUUGGUGUGGCUCAUAGAACUAUCAAGGACAUCAAGUUUCAGGGCUUCCUCAUCCCCAAGGUGCCUCCCUGCCCAGUCUAG